AUGCAUUGGAAUUUGGGCGAUACAGACUCGAACGGCAGUGGCUUGAGAUCCGUCUCGCCUUCCGGUCAGUCUUUCCCCAGCCAAACGUCGAGCACGCUUGAGAGCAAUCUCGCGGCCGACUUUGUGCUCCCUAGCGAUCAACAGCGAUUAGAAACGAAAAGCCAAGUUUUGCGAAAUCCGUCACUCACCCUCUCCCUCCCGCCUACCUAG